AUCCGGAGCGGGCGGCGCUGCCACCCAGCCUGGCUCCGCGCGGGGCGGGGGGAGGCGGCUCCGGACCCGCCGCCAUGGACGAGGCCUACGACGUGAUCGUGCUGGGCACGGGGCUGAGCGAAUGCAUCCUGUCCGGGAUCAUGUCGGUGAACGGGAAGAAGGUUCUGCACAUGGACCGGAACCCCUACUAUGGGGGAGAGAGCUCCUCCAUCACCCCCCUGGAGGAGCUGUAUAAACGCUUCGGGCUCCCCGAGGGGCCCCCUGAGUCCAUGGGGCGCGGCCGGGACUGGAACGUCGACCUGAUCCCCAAAUUCCUCAUGGCCAACGGCCAACUGGUGAAGAUGCUGCUGUACACGGAGGUGACCCGGUACCUGGACUUCAAGGUGGUGGAAGGGAGCUUCGUCUACAGGGCGGGGCAGGUACACAAGGUGCCCUCCACCGAGACCGAGGCGCUGGCGUCCAAUCUCAUGGGCAUGUUCGAGAAGCGCCGGUUCCGGAAGUUCCUCGUCUUCGUGGCUAAUUUUGAUGAGAACGAGCCCCAGACGCUGGAGGGGGUCGACCCCCGCGGGACCCCCAUGCGGGACGUGUACGAGCGCUUUGACCUGGGGCAGGACGUGAUCGACUUCACGGGCCACGCGCUGGCGCUGUACCGCACCGACGAUUACCUGGACCAGCCCUGUCUAGAGACCAUUAACCGGAUCAAGCUGUACAGCGAGUCGCUGGCCCGCUAUGGGAAGAGCCCCUACCUCUACCCGCUCUACGGGCUGGGGGAGCUGCCCCAAGGGUUCGCCAGGUCAGCCGCGAUCUACGGGGGCACCUACAUGCUCAACAAGCCCGUGGACGAGAUCGUGAUGGAGAACGGCCGGGUCGUGGGGGUCCGAUCGGAGGGGGAGGUGGCGCGGUGCAAACAGCUGAUCUGUGACCCCAGCUACGUGCCAGAGCGAGUCCGCAGGGCCGGCCGCGUCGUCCGGGUCAUCUGCAUCCUGAGCCACCCCAUCCACGGCACCAGUGAGGCCGGUUCCUGCCAGGUCAUCCUGCAGAACCAGCUGGGCCGCAAGUCGGAUAUCUACGUCUGUCUGGUUUCCUGGGCCCACAACGUGGCCGCGCCCGGGAAGUUCAUCGCCAUUGUCAGCACUACGGUGGAGACGUCGGAGCCAGAGCGGGAGGUGGAGCCGGCGCUGCAGCUGCUGGAGCCCAUCGACCAGAAGUUUGUGGCCAUCAGUGACUUGUACGAGCCCAUGGACGAUGGCACGGAGAGCCAGAUUUUCUGCUCCCGGUCAUAUGAUGCCACUACCCACUUUGAGACGACCUGUGACGACAUCAAGGACAUUUACCGGCGCAUGGUCGGCGCCGCCUUUGACUUUGAGAGCAUGAAACGGCGCCAGAGCCACGUCUUCGGGGAGGACGAGCAGUGACACACACCCCCCCGCCAGGGCCAGCUGGGGCCCCCCCAGCACAGGGACCAGCCGUGACUUCUCCCCCAUCUGCACCAGGACCAGUCCCCCCUACCAGGGCCAGCUGUGACUCUUCCCCCCCACCCCCCCCAUCCUCUGGGACCAACCCCCCCUACACACACAUCGAUCCAGUACCUCCCUAAGUACCAGGAACAGCUGUGGCCCAUCACCCCCAAAUCCCCCCACCCCACAGCUGCUGCCCCAAGCAGGGACCAAGCCUGGCACUACCCCAACCCCCACCUUCCCCGGGGGCGUCUUCUCUCCACCCCCCGCCCCGGGGGCAGCUCUGUAGGGCACUUCUAAGGCCUGGGAGACUCCCCCCUCCCCCAGAUUGGGGGGGGUCACCCCGCUCCCCCAAAGCUGGUCCCGUUUCCCCUGCCCCCCGUCUCGUGUCCGCCCCCCGCCUUAGCCGUGUAGGGGGGCAGGUUCAUGUACGUCAUGGGGGGGGGUGUCAAUGCUCCCCCCCAGCACCUGCUGCUCGCUGUAAUUUAUUUUAAGUUAUUAAUACUGGACCAGGGCCAAGAGGGGGAAAAGAGCUGGGGGGACAUUGCAGCCCUGUUUCCGGGGGGGGUGCUCUGGGUGGGGUGUGCGCCCCUGGGCCCCAUGCUGUCAAUAUUUAACAACACACACACACACACACACACAGACACACACACACACACACACACCCCCCGCACGCUCAAUGUGUCCAGGCAAUAAAGUUACUUUAGUCAA